GGCUUUAUGUUUACAAGGUUUCUCAACCGGUAAACGUUUAGAAUUUGGAUUGUAUGCGUAACAAAUUUCAUUUUUUUUUCAAGUGCUAUAUACGUAUUGUAAGAUAUUGAAUAUUCUUAGUAUUAUUCUAGUUUUAAAAGAUACUUGGUAAUAGGAGAAAUUAUACGUAGUUGUUCAUCAUCAGUUAUACAAAUUUUUAAAUAACAAUGGUGAUGGAAGAACAACAGUCUGAUAUGGAGCUAGAUUCAGAGAGAGUUCCUGUACCGCAAGUGCAGAAAUCAGUGGAAGACUCGCGUAUAGAAACAGUUAAUAAAGUUACAAGCAUUUCUAGAGGAAAACCCAGGCUUAGGAAAAAGGCACUGCAUGCUGCAAUACUGAAACAAAUGGAAUUUUACUUUAGUGAUGCAAAUCUAAGUAAAGAUAGAUUUUUAAGUAAUUUAGUUAAAGAAGAUCCAUAUGUGGACCUCAGUGUUUUUCUAAAAUUUAAUAAAAUAAGAGAAUUGACUACUGAUAUAAACAGGAUAUCUAAAGGUGUACAAGCAUCUACAAUAUUAUCGUUAUCUGAAGAUGGUAUGAAAAUACGACGUAUAACACCAAUAGCACCAAAAGAAAACACUGAUGAAUGUACAGUUUACGUACAAAAUUUACCUCCUGAUGCAGAUCAUGAAACACUGAGUUCAAUAUUUUCUCAAUAUGGUCAAGUUGUAUAUGUUUCUAUUCCACGAUUUAAAAAUAAUAAAAAGAUAAAAGGAUUUGCAUUUGUAGAGUAUGAUACAAUUGAAAGUGCUAAAAACUGUUUAAAGGCAUUUGAAAAAAAAGGCUGCGUUUUACCAUCAUAUACAACUCCUGAUAAACUUCUAAGCAUUACUACAUUUGAUAAUACAGAAAAAAAUAUGACAUUAGGAAAUGAGAAAAGUAUCUGUCCUGAAAAUACUGCUGCUAAUGAAAAAUUGGAAGACACUGAAACAGAUAAAAGUAAUGAGCAGCAGAUGCAUACAAACAUCAAUAAUACUUCAGAAAAUCAUGAUAAUAACAAUAAAAAGAAAGCAAAAAAAAGAAAACACUCAGAUACAGAAUCUGCAGAACCAGGUGAAACAGAAGAGCAAAUGGAGAGUGAACUGAUAAAAAGUAAAAAGAAAAAGCUGAAAAAUCCCAGUGAUUUACAUAGUGGGGAAAUAGAAUCAAGUAAUGAAAAACAAAGUGAUGUUUUUUUGGAAGGUACACAAAGAAAAUUAAAUAAAUGUGAGAGGAAUGUGCCUAUAAAGGAAGAACAAGUAUCAGAUAAUUGUGAUGAAAAUGAACAAAUGGUAAUUGAUGACAGUACUAUUCUAAAUAAUAAAGAACAAGAAAAUACAAAUGAAAAGAAAAAGAAAAGAAAAAAGCGGAAGAAGCAAAGUAAAUUGGAAGAUUUUAGUUAUAGUAUAGGAUUACAAGUUAUGGCUAAGAAGGACUGGAAAUGUCUUAGGAAUAAAUACUUAGAAUUACAGAGAAGUAAGAUGAAACAACUCAAACAACAUUUAAGAAAAACAAGAUGGAGCCAGUGGUCGAAUUAUGAAAAAAAUAAACCUGAAAGGGUAGAAAAUGAUGAGGACAAAAUGAGGAAACAAAAUAGUACAUCUGCAUGUCGUUUCUCAUUUACAUCAGGAGUUAUAGUUAAAAUUGAAAUGGAUAAACCAUGUACAGAUCCAAAAAGUUUAAAGAUGGAAUUAAAAAAUAAUAGUUCUGUAAAAUAUAUAGAUAUUGAAGAUGGUUCUUGUUUUGCUUAUGUAAGAUGUGAUACAAGUGAAGCUGCACAAGCAUUUAUACAAAAGUCUGAUGAGGAAAGAAAUAUGAGAAUAUUAGAAGGUGAAGAGGAAAAAGUGUAUUGGGAUAAAAUCUUGCAUGACAGAGAAGAAAAAUUGAGUAAAAAAGUAAAAAUCAAACAGAGAGGAAGGAAUAAAUUACUAAAAAAGGCAGAAAAAGAACUUGGGAAGCAUAUCAAAUUCGAUGAAGUGUAAACUUAGAGACUCUUUCCUGUCAAAUAUAUUUAAGGAUUGUAUAUAAAACAGGUGGUUUUAUAUCAUGAAGUUAUAAAAACAGAAAUGAUAAAUAAUAUCCAACAGCAUUGUUACAAAUAAAUCAUAUAUUGUUUACAUUA